AUGGCAGAGAAGGUCAUGGCCGCCAGUCCGCAGUCCUCCUCUAGUGUGUCGCUUUUUAUUCGUGACGCAGAUGCCGUAGCCCCAGCGUUUGCACCGAUUCGAGUCAAUGGCGACAUCACUCUGCAGGAGCUGGCGGAGGAGUACUGCAUCAGCAGUGUGUUGGAGUGCGACUCCACAGGCUGCGUUCAGCCAAGGGCGGUGGCAUUGGAUUCGCCUUUAGAUGUUUUGCAUGGCGGGCGGUAUUACAUCGCCAGACGUGAUCUGCCGCGUGUGGGACGCUCACCACGAGUGACAUUUCGUGGGAAGAUUACGGUGGAGGAGUUUGAGGCAGACCACGCGCUCGGACAGAAGCAGCAGCAGAGGGAAAAGGAAGAGAGGAACAGUGGUCCUGCCACUCUAGCUCUGGGCACAACAAAGGCUGCUCCUUCUGCUCCGAUGCAUGCAACGAAGCGGAACCGCCGUGAACGCGAUGAGGACGACGGUGACAUUGACGAUUGUGGCAAUAUGAAGGAUGUGGAAGAUGAUGGCGAUGGGAACCUAGUCGACGGUCUGGAUCUGUCCCAGUAUACGUUUGUGCCGUUCCUGGGCGACCUCUACGGGGAUGGUCGCAAGGCGAUGAUUCACCUUGUAGAUGUCAAGCCACUGUGUGAAAAUGUGGAGAGCGACGAGCUCAUGUUCGCUGAACGGCACGCUCAAGCGGAGAAGAUCUUGGCGGGGGCGAAGCAGAUGCUUCUUGAGCUCACUCCUGGCGGUGUUAUCGCUGAGAGUGCUGGCAUCAUUUUGUGCUGA